GUCUUCGCUCGCUAGUGACGAGAAAUAGUGACCAGUUAGUGUAUUGUGUUUAGGUGAUUUUUCUACAGUUGAUAUCGUACAAGAUCUGAACAGACUUUUGAAAAUCAACUCCGGAAACAGUUCAACCCUUCGUAAGUAAAUUUCUUCUGGCUGGCCCCGUCCAACACAAAUGCAGUCUUUACCUGCUUUGAUGAGCAAAAAGUAAGCUAUUAAAGUGAAGACUUUUUGGUUAUCAUAAUAGUUUAAUUUGUAACCAUAAUUUAUUAAUUUAUUAAUAAUUUUAGCCGAGGUUGAUUUAAACCACGCAAUGGGUUGUGUUGCAGUUAUCGUCAAAUAUCUAGAGGUAGGAAAUAUCUUAUGGAACUAGCUAGCAUAAUCGUCUCUAAUAAGGACAACCGACAAUGAGUUUCGCCCAGGGAGUAAUUUUGUUUUUAUUUUUGUUUUUGUUUUUAUUAUAGACCGGGUGCCCUUCCAGCUAAAAGCCUGGGUCGUUUGGCCUGCUAGUUAUUGCACGAACAUUUAAAACUUUCAGUGGAGUUUUCUAGGUGUCGUGACUGACGUCUCACGUUGACAUUUAUAAAGCCACAGCAAAACAGACACCUCUUUAACACGGAUAAUUUGCUUUGGCCCUUUGCAUGAACUGUGUACUACAGAGACUUGACUGUAAUACUUUUUGUUCGUGGAAACACCACGUAAAUUUAUUACUGCAAUGCUUUCGAUCCGUAAGCCCGGAUCUUCAUCAGUGCUGAUAAUAUGAAGGAUCUUCAUCAGUGCCAAUAAUAAUAUAAUCAUAUUAUUAGCACUGAUGAAGAUCCGGGCUUACGGAUCGAAAGCUUUGCAGUAAUAAAUGUACGUGGUGUUUCCACAAACAAAAAGUAGUGUAUGUUUUAUCGCCAUGCAUGCAAACCUACAAAGACUUGACUGUAUUGUACAUCAGUAAUUGGUUGUAGUAGACAGGUAUUCUAGUCAUUGAAACUCCAAAAAGGCUGGUUUGGACACUAACCCUAUAUCGUCUUGUUGUUUAGAUGUUAUCAGAUGACUCGAAUUUUAGUCGAUUCCAUAUAUCUACCAUUGAUUUGAAUCAAUAUAUGAAACUUGACGCCGCUGCCGUUCGUGCUUUGAACCUUUUGCCCUCUUCUCUUGAUGGUACGUUUUAGACAAAUAUGGGAUGACCCUAUAACGGGACCUUUACAGGGGAUACAAUCUUCAAGUGAUCUUUGCCAUGCAGUGUAGGUAGUGCCAAUCAAAUGAACAAGCUUUCGUUUGUAGGGAUACAACUACCUGAAGUUUAUAAGGAGAAUUGAAAUUCUCCUUAUGUUUUUCAGGUAUAGUUACAUCCCUACAAACGAAAGCUUGUACUUUACGGAGGACAGUUAAGAACUGAUAAAGCUAUCCAGUAUAUAUGUUUAAAAAACUCAUUAAGAGGCAAUUUUUUUCAAUGUCACGUAUUUGCGAUGAAAAGAGUUCAAAACCUAAAAUCUUUUUGGCGUUCCUCUAAAAUUACUUUGUUUUAGCUUUAUUUCCUAGUUUAUAGAGUUAGCUACCUUUUUAAAUGCAUCUGCCGGUUGAGAAACAUAAAAUAAUAGUUAAAAAUUGUCAAUUAAAAUACAAUUAUCAAUGAUGCUUUAACUGAAUUGACGCCAUAUUUACAGCCAUAUAAGCAAAACUUACUGAACUUCAGACAUCAUUUUCUCUUUGGCGUAUCAUCUAAAAUCUCUUCAUUUUAGCAUUAUUUUACAUAUAAAGCACUAAACAUACUUUUUACUGCAAAAGCCAAUCGUAUGCUUGGUUUUCUUCGUAGGAAUUGUACGCAAAUGUCUGAUAUUCGCUAUAUAUUUACGCAAAUGUCUGAUAUUCGCGCUAUAUUCUUUAUCUUGCUCUCGUCCGAUCUCAUCUGUCAUAUGGUAGUGAGAUCUGGGCACCUCAAGGAUCGUCACGUGAUCUUGCGAUCAUCGAGGGUGUUCAAAGACGAGCUAGUAAAUUUAUCCUUCAGGAUUAUGAGUUGCCAUAUCCUGAACGCCUUAAAAAGCUUAAUUUAUUACCAAUAUCCUACUGGAUGGAACUAAAGGAUCUCGUCUUCUUUUUUAAAUGUAAGCACGGUCUCUUCGACCUAGAUAUCUCCUCUUUCGUCACUUUUUCUUCAAACAGCUCGUCUCACACCCGUUCAAGUUCGGACAACUUGCUUCGUGUCAAUCAUUGCAGGACUUCUCUCUUUAGGAGCUCUUUUUUCAACCCAAUUGUCUUUCUCUGGAAUAAUCUCUCUCCCACCAUUCGUAAUAGUUCAUCGGUUUCCUCCUUUAAAAACAGACUAACUGUUCAUUACUCUUCUCUACUUCAUUCAUCUUUCGAUGUAAACAGAAUGCGCACUUGGAAAACCUUCUGUUCUAAGUGCCGCUCUUUCAACUUAAGCUGUUGUUCGUAAUUCGUCAUGUUUUCUGUAAAUUUUAUAUUUGUUAUCGUCUUUGAUUUAUGUUUGUUAUAGUUUGUUUUCAUUAAGGUUGGUCUUCAUAUGGGGCUAUUCAUGUCCUGUUGACCAUACCUUCAACCAUAUUAUGUAGUUUUUUAGUCUGUUUUAUGUAUGGUUGUAAAGUUAAUAAAUAAAUAAAUAAAUAAUUAAGUUUGUUUGCUGAUUGAGAAACGUAUCGAAAAAUAAAAAUUUUGAAUUUAGUCAUAACCUCAAGUGAUAUAUUACACGCAUUAGUUUUGAGCGCGUGUUACGUAACAUACAAAAAAAUCUUCUCUUAAUAAUUCAUGAGGAAAAUACAAAAGAAAUGAAUGUUUAAUCAAUGUUUGUAAAUCGGAUAAAGAUUUGUCCUGAUUUACAUAAACUUCAGCCUUGAUUUUCUCGACCUACACAAUGUUUAUUUUUGAAAUUUUUUCGCCAAUGAACUCAAAAGAUGGGUCAUUUUUAAGCACGGUAAAACAUUCGCAUCCGAUCUUUAUCUGAUAUACAAACUCUCGCCUUUCGGCCUGAGUUUCUAAUCAGAUAAAGAUCGGCUUCUCAUGUUUUAACUAGUACAUAAUGUAGUAAUUUUCGUAAAUUAAAUCGUUAUUAGUCGACUUCCAAUCGUUGCUUUCUCUAUGAUUUUAUAGGCUCUAAUAAGUCGGUGAGUCUGCUUGGUUUGUUAAAUAAAUGCAGGACUCCCCAAGGCAAAAGACUUCUCGGACAGUGGAUAAAACAACCUCUUUUAGACGAGAAAAAAAUUGGUUAGCAAUUGUUGUAUUUUAAAUCUAUUUUACAGAUUGUGAUAUAUUCCAGUAGGCCUGUCUAAUAAAAAUUUUUAACAACCACUUUUAGAGGAAAGACUCAAUAUUGUCGAAGCUUUCUUCAAUAAUGUUGUUCUUCGACAAACUGUUCAGGUAAGGUAGAUUCUGCAGCAGACGGUGGUUAACAAAUAAUUAUCAGUGUGAGGAAAUAAUGUUAAUAGACAAACGUUUGUUUAUGCCCAGUUCACAAUCUAGCCGGAUAACUCACAUGCGUAGUUACUACUAGGGGCUAGUCAUUGUUUAUGGUGGGGGGAGCUAGGAGGUGUCGCCGAAGAGAAAAGGGUUGGGUAAACAAAAUUUUGAGUGAGUAAAAGGUUGGGUAAAUGAAAAACAAGACAACUGAAGGUUUGGGUAGUAAAAAUGUAUUGUCAUUUCCAAAGCAUAACUUUGAUGAAAAGCAAUGCCUACAUGUCAAUACAACAUGUAAAUCAAAUUAGUCAGAAUCACUAUCUUGAUCAUUCUCCGAUUUGUCAGGAGGCAUGAAUGGUGUCUCCAAAGAAAGUACAUGUGCAGACAACAUGGAAAUUACACUGCAGGAAACUAAAAGGGAAAUAUUUAAAAACUACAAAAUUUUAAAAUUUUAAAAUACUACAAAAGGCCGAAUGGCAGUUGUUUUUGUAUUUUUAAAAUAUUUUUCUUUUCGCUGAUGUCUUGAAAUUUCCACAUCGAAUUGAAAUUUUCAAUAGCUUCAGCUUGAUAUGUAGCCCAACGUUUGGGGCUCUGCUCAUAACUCAGAAAAACUAUUUUGGCUUCAGCAAAUUAUAGGCCUUCAUCAUAGCAGUUAUCCUUCCAGUUUAUUUAUAGUUCAAUGAUUGCAAUACGUUUUAUUGAACUUUGUUUACAGGAAGAGUUGAAGAAAUUCCCAGAUUUUUCAAGAAUCGCGAAAAAGUUUCAGAAAAAUAGAGCAACACUUCAGGUUUUUAUUGGCUUACGUUUGAUCAGAUCAAUGAUGUCUUUACACAUUUUAGAGUUUGAAAUUGUUUUAAAGUCUUUGCUCUGCCCGUAGGACUGCGUCAGGGUUUAUCAGGCCGUGGGAAGAAUGCAGGAACUGGUGACUAGUCUAGAUGGUUGCCAAGACGACCACAGACCGCUGAUCAAUGAACUGUUCAUUGCACCAUUACAGGUCAGUGUUAUUGUUUAUGGGUGAAUAUCGAAAAUUUUGGAUAUCUCGUUCGACAGAACUAAUAGACCAUAAGUCAUUUGUAGAUGAAACCCUCUGGUAGGAAUCAAACCUGCGUCCUGCGAUUCCGGUGCGGCGCUCUAACCAACUGAGCUACAGAGUCCAGGGUCUACCAGACACCGUAGUUUUGCUUCGGGUAACAACGGACCCAUAAGAGACAAUCUUUACUGAAGCUCAAGGACGAAUAGUUUAGAACUGACAGAACUAUGCCGUAUAAAUAAAGUUUGCCAAGCUUUAGUUUGUAUUUUUCAGGGAUUGACAGACGAUUUUUCGAAGUAUAUCGAGUUAAUUGAAACAACAAUUGACCUGGAUCAAGUUGAAAAUCACGAAUUUCUUAUCAAGCCUUCUUUUGAUGAAGGUCUGCAAGGUUGGUAUUGACAUUGCCUAAUUUGAUUAAAUACCGUACUACAUAUGCUUAAGGUGUUACAUUUUGUCGUAUGUUUUUUACUACCGGAAAGUAGUAUAUAUAACCACGGAUACAGCUACCAAGUUGACCCCCCCUUGCACCCCCGCUUUCACCCCCACCCCUUGCAACCACCACCUUCCUUGCACCCCUCUCCCCUUGCUUCUGACGUGGUUCAUUGUCUUUUACUUAGAAUGCAGAGAAAAAAUGGACGAACUUCAGCAGAAGAUUCCACGAGAGCUGAACAAAGUACGUAUUUGAUGGUUUUACAUGCAAUAGAAAUCCAGUGUAAACAGGCCUUAAUAUUUUAGAAUCCACUAAUUUCUAUUUUAUUCUGUCCUCAGGCUGCGAACGAACUCGGUUUAGAAGCUGGCAAAACUAUUAAAUUGGAAACAAACAACCAGUUUGGAUAUUAUCUUCGUAUCACUAGGAAGGUUUGUCAUAGCUUGGAGAUAAUUUUAUAGAAUGGUUAAUAAUUUUGUAAAUAGUUGUAAAAAUGCUUUGUAUAUAAAUCAUGUAAUUCAGCUCUAUACCUGCUAGAUGAUUUCAUUAAACGGAUUAUCUAUCUCUCUAUCCAUCACAAUCUUGUUGGAUCUCAAUUUUUGUGCGCAAGCCACAUUAAUAUGGUUUUUAAAAACAUUGCUGAAUUCAACAGUUAAAUUUUCAGAUUAGUUUCAGUGUUAGGAAAAUCAAAGUUAAGUAAAUUUAAAGUUUAGUUUAAAGUUUAAUUUAAGAAAAUCAAAGUUAGGGACCGUUCAUUAUGUAUACACGCGUAAAAACGCACAAGUUGUAACAAACCUGCAGCAGAAAUUAUGGCUGUCAGUCAGCUACAGUAUAAAAUAAAACCAAAAUUACCAUGCAUUGGAAAAUAUGAAGUAAAAUAUGUACAAUACAUUCUGUACCAAAAUAGACCAUCAGUGAUCGAGGAUUCUAUCAUUGAUCAGCAGGAACGUGAUUGCUUUGGCACACUCAGUGAGUUUGAGUUUAGAAUUUAGGCAACUUGAUUUCUGUCACCAUAAUCCUGUGUGUAAUAAUUAUUAUGAAGUACAUUACGGUAACGCAUGGGUUGGGUGAACAUUCCAGAUGAUCUUGAUACGCGGAAAAGUACUGUCACUAGUUGUCAAAUAGAAAUCCAUUUUAUGAUUAAAACAACUGAAUAUCUCCUGUAAUAUACUUUAUUUCGAUUCCAUAUUUUUGUCAGAGCUAUAGUUCUCAUAAGCAAACAUAAUUACAAAAUUUCAACUAGUUUCAUAAAGAAUAACGAAAGAUAUAAUUGACUGAAUACAUCAAAAUGGAUUUCUAUUCGGAGAACCCUUUCUGAGCGCUGAUUGGCUAAAAUACGAACACGAGAUCACCUGGUUAUUUUGACCAUUGUUGAGGUUGGGUAAAUAAAAAAUUUGCAGUGUCUUUCGUCUCUCUUCGGUGCCAACCCUUGGUAUAAAUAAUGAACGGUCCCUUUAAAGAAAUUUAAGGUAUAGCUGGAAUCAUUCAUUCUCGUGUGCUUCUCUUUUCCAGGAAGAGAAAAAACUGCGCGGAAGUAAGAAAUUCACCACGUUGGACACAAGAAAAGAUGGCGUACGUUUUACAAACUCUGUGUUAAGACAACUGAACGAUCAGUUCCAAGCCUUGAAACAAAGUUAUGAUGACACUCAAAGUAAUCUGGCGGACGAAGUUAUUAAAAUUGCAAGUAAGAUUUAUUGAAGCAAGUAAGAGGCAGGAGUGAAAAAAAUAUUUUCCCUUCUGGGACGGCAAGAGAACAUUGAAAAUGUUCUGCAAAUAAUCAAAUAAAUCGACACUCGGUCACUGUGACUGUGUGACACUAACAAGUUGUCAAACUGGAUGUCUUGCUAUAUUUUUACAGAAAAAGAAUUAUUUCAGUGCACUGAGAAUCUUAAUCUUUUAGGAAUAUAACAUAAAACUAAUCAAGGAUCUGAUCCUAAGGUACAAAUGCCAAAAAAGGGCACUAUUAGGGGGGGCACUAUCAGGGGAUCUGUUCUCCCAGUGGUUCUCCCCCAUCAGGUGUCCCAGAUUGGCUAAAAAUGCAUGACCCAUAUUUUUACACGUACAUUUUCCUUUGUUAAGGUGGCUACGGUGAACCCAUGCAAUUACUAAGUGAUACUCUGGCAAAACUUGAUGUCUUAAUAAGGUAAUUUUUUAACUUCAGGGAAAGUACUAGUUUUGCCAGUUGUGCAAAACUGUUAAAGAUGUCCUUUCCAAUUUAUUUUUCUGUAGUUUUUCCCAUGUGGCUGCUUGUGCUCCUAUACCAUACUGCAGACCGAAAAUCUUGCCCAAAGGUUUGUACCGUGUAUGUCGUAUAAACAGUCUCUUGACUUGACCAAGUGUUGUCAUAUAAACAGUCCCUUGACUUGCUAGCGUUGGACGGGAAAAUAUGUCAGUGCAGCCUUUUUAAAAGAUUAAAGAAACUGUAAUAAAAUAUUUUGUUUUUCCAGAACAAGGUUCAGUAAUUCUUACAGCAGCUAGACACCCGUGUCUCGAGGUCCAGGAUGAAAUUGCGUUUAUUCCAAAUGAUGUUACUCUCAACAGAGGUACGAAACAAACAGCUGACUGUAUUGCAAAUUUAAGUUCCAAUUAG